UAUACAGAGGACCAGAGACUGGAAAGAUACAGCCCCCCACAUCCCUGCUCUGCCAGGAAUCUCAGGGCCAGACGCCUCCCUUUUUCCCCUGGUGAGACCAUGAACUGGCAGCAGCUGUGGCUGGGCUUCCUGCUGCCCAUGGCAGUCUCAGGCCGGACCCUGGGGCCUGCAGAGAGAGAGGCAGCAAUGGAUUACCUUUUGCAGUUUGGGUAUCUACAAAAACCUCUAGAAAGACUGAAAGAAUUCAGGACAGAAGAUAUCACAGAAGGUCUGAGAGCUUUUCAGGAAGCAUCUGAGCUGCCCAUCACAGGUCAGCUGGAUGAUGCCACUAGGGCCCGCAUGAAGCAACCCCGUUGUGGCCUGGAGGAUCCCUUCAACAAAAAGGCCUAUAAAUACCAGCUAUUAGGCCGCUGGAGAAAGAAGCACUUGACUUUCCACAUCUUCAACCUGCCCUCCACCCUCCCAUCCCACACAGCCCGGUCAGCCCUACGCCAAGCCUUCCAGUACUGGAGCAAGGUGGCCCCUCUGACCUUCCAGGAGGUGCAGGCCGACCAGGCCGAGGAGGCUGACAUCCGCCUCUCCUUCCACGGCCGCCGAAGCCCAAACUGCUCCAACACCUUUGAUGGGCCCGGGAGGGUUCUGGCCCACGCCGACAUUCCGGAGUGGGGCAGCGUGCACUUUGAUGAAGACGAGCGCUGGACGGAGGGCACCUACCAAGGGGUGAAUCUGCGCAUCAUCGCUGCCCAUGAGCUGGGCCACACCCUUGGGCUCGGGCACUCCCGAUACCCCCAGGCCCUGAUGGCUCCUGUCUACACUGGUUACCGCCCCUACUUCAAGCUACACCCGGAUGACGUGGCUGGGAUCCAGGCUCUCUAUGGCAAGAAGAAACCAGAGAGAGGGGAUGAGGAAGAUCAGACGGAACUGCCCACUGUACCCCCAGUUCCCACUGAACCCAGUUCCAUGCCAGACCCUUGCAGUGGUGAACUGGAUGCCAUGAUGCUGGGGCCCCGUGGGAAGACCUAUGCCUUUAAGGGGAACUAUGUGUGGACAGUGACAGAUUCAGGGCGGGGGCCCUUGUUCAGAGUGUCUGCCCUCUGGGAAGGCCUCCCCGGGAACCUGGAUGCUGCAGUCUACUCUCCUCGAACACAGUGGAUUCACUUCUUUAAGGGAGACAAAGUGUGGCGCUACGUUAAUUUCAAGAUGUCUCCUGGCUUCCAGAGGCUGAACAUAGUCGGUCCCAACCUGGAUGCAGCUCUCUAUUGGCCUCUCAACCAAAAGGUGUUCCUCUUUAAGGGCUCCGGGUACUGGCAGUGGGACGAGCUGGGCCGAACUGACUUCAGUCAGUAUCCCAAACCAAUCAAGAGGUUGUUCACAGGCGUGCCAGACCGGCCCUCAGCUGCUAUGAGCUGGCGGGAUGGCCGUGUCUACUUCUUCAAGGGCAGGCAGUACUGGUGCCUCAACCGGCAGCUCCGAGUAGAGAAAGGUUACCCCAGAGACACUGCCCCCGACUGGAUGCACUGUCGUGCCCAGACCCAAGACACCACCCCAUCAGGGCGGGGUGGCACCUCCACAGCCAAAGGCACUGACCACUCAGUCACAGGAACAGCCUUGGAUACAACUCCUUCGGCCUUGGACACCAUUUUGAACACUGACCAUUUGCCCACAGACACAAACUUGGGCAUCACUUCCUCAGCACAGGCCCCACCAUCCCUUCAAUCCCUGGCAAUGUCACCCUCCCUGACGCCUGAGAGCUGAAUCACGUCUGCUCGCAAGAUUCUGCAAGUGCUCCAUCAGGGACAUGAACCACAGGCCUUAUGCCUCUAAAUGUCCCAGUUCUAGCCACCACGCCCAUGUGCUCUUUUCCUCCUGGACAGUGACUGCUAACUCUGGGUCAACUCCCAACUCCAUCCAUCUCUUCUCGGCCAUAGACAGCACUUCUUCUCUUUUUAACGUUUUAUGUUCUUUUUUUCUUUCUUUUUUAAGAUUUAUUUAUGCAUACAAGAACUGGGGUACAGGGCAGUGAUGCGGGGGGUGAGAGGAUUCACCAGAGGCAGAGUGGGGCGCAGAACAGCCAGAUGUACUGAAAUACACUGCUGAGGGGAGCAGCGGGCGAGACAGGAAAGGUCUGCUGCGCCAUGUGGGUUGCUCCCUGGCAGGCUGGGGAUUGAACUCAUGCUGCAGAGGCUGGGGAUAGCUUCACAGUGCUGUGCUUAACCCCUUGCGCCACCAGGGAGGCCCCAUAGACAGCACUUCUAACCAUUUCAUCUGCUCUCUGGAAGACACUGGUUGAGGGAAGGCAUCCAUCAAGCCUUUGGCUGACAGGAAACAACAGCCAGGAAGCUGAACGCCUGCGUCCUAUCCUUCCUAGAUGUAGCGUAAGGAAGGCAUGGCCAGUAAAAUGAGCAAAGGGUUUUGGAAUCCUUGAGAAUCAUAUUCACUUGCUUAUGAUUUGGGGCAAGUUAAUUAACCUCAUUGAGUCUCAGACUCCCCAUUUGCAAAAUAAGGUUCAUGCCAAUCCUGUGGGGUUGUUGCAGGAAAUGAAAUACUCUAUGUGAAGUACCUGGUACAGUGUCGGGCACACUGCGCUUAAUAAAGGCUUACUCCAUGUUCUUAAGAGGACUCCACAGCUCUCCCUCUGGCCCUCUGUGUGUGUGUGUGUGUGUCUCACUCUUACAAUAGUCCAAUCUGAUCAGGGAGGCUUCAUCAGAUAUUUAGAACACAAAGCACUUGCCAGGACGGCUCUUUGUCUUGGAAUACAAAGAAAAGAGCGUUAACAGUAGAGGCCAGACUCACUGGUUCAGUGUUCAAUGCCGUUUUAUUCACAUGCUCCUACUUUCUUCCUUCCUUCCUUCUUGGCCCGGCUACUCAGGGAGGAGGGACAGCUCUUCCUUCAUGCUGUCUGGGAAACCAGGGUACAGACCCUGGGUGGCAGAAUUGGAGGUAUGGGGACGUUAUAAAGGGUUAGUGGUCAGGACAAGGUUCUGGUUAAGGAGGAGAUGAGCAUCGCCUAUGAGAGGCAGAGAAGGCACUUUUCUCCCACACAGCCCUGAAGAUCAGGCCCCUUUUGGCAAAAGGGCAAGACUGGCAUGGAAGCCAAUGCUCUCUUCUUGGGGCAAAAAGCCGGCUUUGUGGGGAGGUGGGUGCUGACCAGGCACUCACUGGCCUUGUCUUCCUUAUGUUAAGGAGAAAACGAGGAGCACCGUGGAAGACAGGGCCCCCAACUGAGGUAGGAGGAGGAACCUUGAUUUUAAGGGGCCCAAUGGGAAAGGCUGGCCAGGAACCCAACUCCCGGGGGCUGGAGGAUCCCAAGCCACAUCGUGCCCUUCUCUCCCUCAAAAAGUUAUCAAGUGCUUGAGGGGUGGGAGCCCAGCGGACUAAGGCAGGGGAUUCGGAUGCCUCCGUGAUGGGUGUGCUACGGCAACGUACGUCUGAAGAGGUCUGGAUCUGUACCUCUGAAUUGCAUACCGUGUUGUCAAUCAACAUUACCUCAGUAAAAAAGGCUGUGAUCAAAAAGGUAAAAAAGUUAUCAAGUACUUUAGGAGGCUUCCUGAUAUCCUGCAGACCCUAUAAAAAACAACCCCUUAUUUUUCCAUUGUGAGGCACGCUGAUAAUAGGCUAUUUAGGUAAGGGUCCUCCUUGGUUUGGAAGGAGUUAGCGAGUAAGUUAUUUUGGGGACCAGGGCACCUCUAUUAUUGGACAGAGGUGUGUAUUCAUAACCCCAUUCCUCUUCCCUUCCCACAAGAUUCCUCUCGAUGUGUCCCUGAAACAUAUCCCCACAAGGCUAGUCUGGUUGGAGCACAGAUUCUAUCCCCAAG